AUGCACGCAAAAGGACUUCCAGAACUGCUCCGGAAGGCCAAAAAUUACAGCGAUGCCAAAACCGCCGCUCCCCGCGCACCCCGCGCCCUCACCUCCAGGCGAGCGGACCGGCCGCGACCCAGGGGAGGCUCGGAGAGCGGCGUCAGCGCCCCUCCCUCCGUGUCCCGCCGCCCCGCCGGCCCCUCCCCGUGCUUUGAAAUCCCAGCCCCGCUGUCGACCCCGGGGGCCGAGCGCCCUAUAAAGGCGGCCCCGGCCGCGGUGGUGGCGCGGAGCUGCAGGCGCCUGCAGUCUGGAUUCGGGGCCGCCCCGGAACCGGGCUGGGACCCCCGCGCAGCCAGCGCUUGUCGGUGGGGCCAGGCGCCGCCGGCCUCGCCCCGCUCCCUGCCCGUCUCGUGUUCCUGUCCCUCCGCGAUGCCUGCUGCGGUCUCCGCCCGGCUCUGGGUCACCCUAGUGGCGGUAGCCCUGGGCGGGCUCCCCGCGCCGCCAACGAGCGCCACCAUGAACUCCGUGCUGGUCAAUUCCAACGCCAUCAAGAACCUACCCCCGCCGCUGGGGGGCGCCGCCGGGCACCCGGGCUCCGCAGUCAGUGCCGCGCCGGGGCUCGCUUAUGAGGGCGGGAACAAGUACCAGGCCCUGGGCAAUUACCAGCCCUACGCAUGCGCACAGGAUGAGGACUGCAGCGCGGACGAGUUCUGCUCCGGCCCUGCCCGCGCGGGGGCCGGGGGCACGCAUGUCUGCCUCGCCUGCCGGAAGCGCCGCAAACGCUGUCUGCGCCACGCCAUGUGCUGCCCAGGCAACUACUGCAGAAACGGAAUAUGCAUGCCUUCUGAUCACAGUCAUUUCCAUAGAGGGGAAAUUGAGGAAACCAUUGUCGAAAGCUUCGGUAAUGAUCAGAGCACCUUGGAUGGUUACUCCAGAAGAACCACGCUGUCUUCAAAAAUCUAUCACACCAAAGGGCAAGAAGGUUCUGUCUGUCUUCGAUCAUCAGACUGUGCCACUGGGCUGUGUUGCGCAAGACACUUCUGGUCCAAGAUCUGUAAACCUGUUCUCAAAGAAGGUCAAGUGUGCACCAAACACAGGAGGAAAGGCUCCCACGGCCUAGAGAUAUUCCAGCGCUGUUACUGCGGGGAAGGGCUGUCUUGUCGGAUACAGAGAGACCACCAAGCCAGUAAUUCCUCCAGGCUUCACACCUGUCAGCGACACUAAAGCGGCUGGCUCUCCAAAGGAAGUGGACUCCAGUCGUGUAACAUAUGCUACGAAAAUCUUCUAUAAUCUAUUGUCAGCUCAAUCUUAAAGGAUGUACACAUUUCGUGGCUCUAGUUAAGCAUUCCAGUACUGCCUUCCGCAAAGUGGAGUGUGAGAGCUUUGUUUCUUUUUGGAACUCCCCCGUGGUUGCAGUAAAUUACUGUGUUGUAAAUUCUCAGUGUGGCACUUACUUGUAAAUGCAACGAAACUUUUAAUUAUUUUUCUAAAGGUGCUACAUUGCCUACUGUUCUUCUUGUUAUGUAAAUGUUCGUGCACAUGGAUGAUGAUCUUGAUUAAUAAAUAUUCUGUGUUGAAAUGAAAUAAAUAACUUUAG